AGAUCAGAUCAUUCAGGUCAUCAUGAUCUAAGGCCAAAAAUCAAAACAAAACAAACAAAAACUUGCUUGGAUUGACUGAACUACAAUUAUUAUAAGUAAAUAUGGAAAACGAACCAGACCAUGAAAAUGUGGAACAGAGCCUUUGUGCCAAGACUACAGAAGAAGAACUGAAUAAGUCUUUCAAUCUUGAAGCUUCGCUUUCAAAAUUUUCUUACAUAGAUCUGGACAAGGAACUGGAGUUCAAAAAUGAUCUGAUUGAUGACAAGGAAUUUGAUAUUCCUCAAGUUGAUACGCCUCCAACACUGGAAAGCAUACUCAAUGAGACUGAUGAUGAAGAGGAGUCUUUUGUUCUGGAGGACCCUACAUUGUUAAACAUUGAUACUAUUGAUUCUCACUCCUAUGAUACUUCGUCUGUGGCAAGUUCAGACAGUGGUGACAGGACCAACUUAAAAAGGAAGAAGAAAUUACCUGAUUCUUUUUCACUCCAUGGGUCAGUUAUGCGACAUUCACUUUUGAAGGGAAUUUCUGCCCAGAUAGUGUCUGCAGCUGACAAAGUUGAUGCUGGCUUGCCUACAGCAAUUGCAGUGUCCAGUCUGAUAGCAGUGGGUACAUCUCAUGGAUUGGCUUUAAUAUUUGGAAAAGAUCAGAAUCAAGCUUUGCGACUCUGUCUGGGGAACACUAGUGUUGGAGGUCAGUAUGGAGCCAUCUCUGCCCUCAGUAUCAACAACGACUGCUCAAGACUUCUCUGUGGCUUUGCUAAGGGACAGAUCACGAUGUGGGAUUUGGCCAGUGGAAAACUUCUAAGAUCAAUAACAGAUGCUCAUCCUCCAGGAACAGCAAUAUUGCAUAUUAAGUUUACAGAUGAUCCAACUCUUGCAAUUUGCAAUGACAGCGGAGGCUCUGUUUUUGAAUUGACAUUUAAGAGAGUGAUGGGAGUGAGAACGUGUGAAUCUAGGUGUCUGUUCAGUGGUUCCAAGGGUGAAGUUUGCUGUAUUGAGCCUCUUCAUUCUAAGCCUGAGUUGAAAGAUCAUCCUAUCACACAGUUUUCCUUAUUGGCCAUGGCAUCCUUAACAAAGAUACUGGUCAUUGGAUUGAAACCAUCCUUGAAAGUGUGGAUGACUUUUCCCUAUGGACGGAUGGAUCCUUCCAGUGUUCCAUUGCUGGCCUGGCACUUUGUGGCAGUACAUAAUUACGUGAAUCCCAUGCUUGCCUUCUGCAGAGGAGAUGUUGUUCAUUUUCUGUUGGUGAAGAGAGAUGAGUCUGGAGCAAUACAUGUUACUAAGCAAAAGCAUCUUCACCUCUACUAUGACCUCAUCAACUUCACUUGGAUAAACUCACGUACAGUUGUGCUCUUGGACAGCGUGGAGAAGUUGCAUGUGAUCGAUCGGCAGACUCAAGAGGAAUUAGAAACAGUGGAGAUCUCAGAAGUUCAGUUGGUCUAUAACAGCAGCCAUUUCAAAUCCCUAGCCACCGGAGGAAAUGUUAGCCAGGCACUGGCUUUGGUUGGAGAGAAGGCUUGUUAUCAGUCCAUCAGCAGUUACGGUGGUCAGAUCUUUUACUUGGGGACAAAAUCUGUUUAUGUGAUGAUGCUGAGAAGCUGGAGAGAGAGAGUGGAUCAUCUUCUGAAACAAGAUUGUCUUACAGAAGCCUUGGCUCUUGCAUGGUCUUUCCAUGAAGGAAAAGCAAAAGCAGUAGUGGGAUUAUCAGGGGAUGCCAGUAAGCGAAAGGCUGUUGUUGCAGAUCGGAUGGUAGAAAUCCUAUUCCACUAUGCAGAUCGAGCUCUGAAAAAGUGUCCAGACCAGGGAAAAAUCCAAGUGAUGGAGCAGCAUUUUCAGGACAUGGUGCCUGUCAUAGUUGAUUACUGCCUGCUGCUAGAGCGAAAGGAUCUUUUAUUUAGCCAGAUGUAUGACAAAUUGAGUGAGAAUUCAGUGGCUAAAGGAGUGUUUUUGGAGUGCCUUGAACCAUAUAUUUUAAGUGAUAAAUUGGUGGGGAUGACCCCCCAGGUAAUGAAAGACUUGAUUGUUCAUUUCCAAGAUAAAAAGUUAAUGGAAAAUGUGGAAGCCCUCAUUGUACAUAUGGAUAUCACCAGCCUAGAUAUUCAGCAGGUAGUUCUCAUGUGUUGGGAAAAUCGUCUGUAUGAUGCUAUGAUCUAUGUUUACAACAGAGGCAUGAAUGAAUUUAUUAGUCCAAUGGAGAAACUUUUCAGAGUCAUUUCUCCUCCUCUGAAUGCAGGAAGAACACUAACAGAUGAGCAAGUUGUUAUGGGCAACAAGCUGCUUGUAUAUAUUAGCUGUUGUCUAGCAGGCCGAGCCUAUCCCCUUGGUGACAUCCCUGAAGAUCUUGUUCCCUUGGUUAAAAACCAGGUUUUUGAAUUUCUGAUUCGCCUGCAUUCAGCAGAAGCCUCCCCUGAGGAAGAAAUCUACCCCUAUGUUCGGACUUUGCUGCAUUUUGACACAAGAGAAUUUCUAAAUGUAUUGGCACUGACUUUUGAAGAUUUUAAAAAUGACAAGCAAGCUGUAGAGUAUCAACAACGAAUUGUGGACAUUUUGUUGAAAGUUAUGGUGGAGAAUUCAGAUUUUACUCCUUCACAAGUAGGGUGUCUCUUUACAUUCCUUGCCCGGCAGCUUGCAAAGCCUGACAAUACCUUGUUUGUAAACAGAACCCUUUUUGAUCAGGUCCUUGAAUUCCUCUGUAGUCCUGAUGAUGACUCCCGACACUCUGAAAGACAGCAGGUCCUUUUAGAAUUGCUGCAGGCUGGAGGCAUAGUUCAGUUUGAAGAGAGUCGGCUCAUCCGUAUGGCAGAAAAAGCAGAGUUCUAUCAAAUUUGUGAGUUUAUGUAUGAACGAGAACACCAGUACGACAAAAUUAUUGAUUGUUACUUACGUGAUCCACUGAGGGAGGAAGAAGUCUUUAACUACAUUCACAAUAUCUUAUCCAUUCCUGGACACAGUGCAGAGGAAAAGCAGUCUGUAUGGCAGAAAGCAAUGGAUCAUAUUGAGGAACUUGUAUCCCUGAAGCCCUGUAAAGCUGCAGAGCUGGUUGCUACUCACUUUUCUGAACAGAUUGAAAUAGUCAUUAAAAAACUUCAGAACCAGGUUUUGCUUUUCAAGUUUUUGAGGAGUCUUCUUGACCCAAGGGAAGGUAUUCAUAUAAAUCAGGAAUCGCUGCAGAUGCCUCCCUCUGUUACGGAGCAGUUCAUUGAGCUGUUGUGUCAGUUCGACCCAAACCAGGUUAUAGAGACGCUGCAGGUCCUUGAGUGCUACCGCCUGGAAGAAACCAUCCAGAUUACCCAGAAGUAUCAACUUCAUGAAGUCACUGCCUAUCUAUUAGAAAAAAAAGGAGAUAUUCAUGGGGCCUUCUUAAUAAUGCUAAAGAGACUACAAAGCAAACUUCAGGAGAUAACACAUCAAGAUGAAAAGGCCAAAGAGGACCUUUCAUUGAAGGAUGUUGAAGAUACCAUGGUAGAGACAAUUGCCCUUUGCCAGAGAAAUUCACAUAAUUUGAACCAGCAGCAAAGAGAGGCACUCUGGUUUCCAUUAUUGGAGGCAAUGAUGGCCCCUCAGAAGCUGUCUGGUUCAGCUGCACCUCAUCUACACCCUGAAGCUCUGAGAUCUCUGACCAUGCAAGUUCUAAACAGCAUGGCAGCUUUUAUUGCCCUUCCAUCCAUCUUGCAAAGAAUCUUACAGGAUCCAGUUUACGGAAAAGGAAAACUUGGAGAAAUCCAGGGACUCAUUCUGGGAAUGUUGGAUACCUUUAACUAUGAACAAACUCUGCUGGAAACAACUACUAGCCUUCUAAACCAAGAUCUCCAUUGGUCAUUGUGUAACCUGAGAGCUUCAGUCACCAGAGGACUGAAUCCCAAGCAGGAUUACUGCUCUAUAUGUUUGCAGCAGUACAAGAGACGCCAAGAAAUGGCAGAUGAAAUCAUUGUCUUUAGCUGUGGCCAUUUGUAUCACUCAUUCUGUCUGCAAAACAAAGAGUGCACCAUAGAAACUGAGGGGCGGACAAGAUGGACAUGCUACAAAUGCAGCUCAAGUAACAAAGUAGGGAAAUUAAGUGAAAAUUCAUCUGAAAUUAAAAAGGGGAAGACAGCCCCGUCACAGGUAAAAAUGUCUCCUCCUUGUCCUCCAUCCAAAGGGGAUCCUGCUGUUAAGAAGAAUCCCCUGAGACGUUUUUAAAAGAAAAAAAGAAUGAAAAGAAGAUAUGUUAGGUGAAAAGCCCUGUCACAUGCUGCACAGGAAAAUCUCUUCCAUUUUUGUCAGGACAGCAAAGGCAGGCAAGAUUGAGGCUUUGGUUGUCGCUGCCUGGAACCGCCACACUGUAACCUGAGGAGUGGAGAGGGCUGGAGACGCUUGGUGUCAUUCAGUAAACAGAUGAGGAAAUUGGAAUCCAGAGGGAGAUUUUUUUCACCUAAGUUUUCAAGUGUGAGCUAUGGAACACACUUCUAAAGUAGAGGUUAAAAAUGUGCUUUAGAUUCAGCCAGAUUUGGGUUCAAAUAUUGACUCUUCCUCUUACUUAUCUGAAUAACUUUCUUAGCCAGUCUCUCUGCUUCCUUUGCUGUAAAUGAUGGUGCUACCUCUCAGAAGGAUCCUGAAGAUUAAAUGAGAUACUAUUUAAGCGCCUAACCUGGUAAAUUAUUGACAUAAGAACUCAGCUGUUGCUAAAACUAGUGUUAAAACACAAAUCCCCCCAUCCUAGUUAGAUGUCCUGUCACUCUGUUACGCUACUUUGUAUUAUUGUCCAUCCAACAGGUGUUUCUUUAUGUAGAUGCUGAGCUAAUAAAUAAGCAAGGGGCAACAGAGAUGAAAAAUAGCCUUUGUUCUUAAGGACCUCAGCAUUUAGUGGGGAAGGUAGACAUUACCAUACAGUUUGACACAUGCCAUGGAAGGUGCGCAGGGUACAAAGAGCAGAGAGGAGAGGCUGGUUGGGGAUGACUAGGUGGAUUUACUACAGCUCUUAUGCUCUUUAUGUAAAAAUCCCAAUGAAAAAGUUUGAGAAAUACUUAGCUGCUCCCUUAGAGCUAUAUUACUAGAUUAUAAUGAAAGCAAAUUCUGCCAUACUUAAAGAUGUUUAUUAAAUAUUCAUUUAGAAAUUGGUUCCUGUAACCUAUAUUUUAAACUUGGGAAUGUCCUAGCUAUCUGUCUAACCACUGUCAGAGGUGUAGCAAUGUUACAGAAGUAGGAUUCUCAUCCUCUUGUAAUCAGCAUCAGACAAACAGAAACUUCCAAAGCCUAGAAUGACUGGACACAGGUGGCCCCCGGUGGCAUUCCUAAGUGAUCAGGUACAGACUCACUCUCCAUUCAAGAAUCGGGACUAUUUCUAAAACAUUUUAUUCAAUGCAUAAAAAUAUAUAUGAAUACCUUUUAUGUUAGCAAUGACAGUCUAUCAUAAUUAUCAUUCUGAUUACUAAGACAUUAAUCUCACCAACAGAAAAAUUUCUGCGUAUUUUUGUUUGUUUUUGUUGUUUUGUUGUUUUGUUUUGUUUUGUUUUGUUUUUUGUGAGGUAAUGAGCAAAGUCUUAGGUGUUGGUGAACAGCUAUGGACAGCUAAAGGACUUUUAAUAGAUGCUUUUGGGAAUUCAUGUUAGCUAGCAAUCUCUGAAGUAUGGAUUCUAGGUUGGGGCCACUGAGUGUCCCUAAAUUGAACCCUAAACAAAAUAGCACAUACUUAAUAUCACACUGUUUAUGAUGUCUGAAUUAAUGCUAAAAUACAUCAGAACAGUUGCCUCUCUCAGAAUAAGUGGUCAGGGAAGGUUCCCCAAAGAAGAUAAAGCUUGAUCAGCCUUGAAGCACAAGGGAAGAGAUAUUUCGGGUAGACAUGGGUGAGUACAGGACACUUCAGAAAUGGUUCUGUAUGCCUUAAAUAUAGGAGCGUGCAAAAGCCUGGUGAAAUAAGUGGGAGAUCACAAAGAGCCCUAGUGUGUGAAGCUCGCUUUUUAUCUUGAAGAUAAAAGUUUCUGUCAAAGGUGAGAUUCAAGGCAGAAAGAUCGAUCAGAAGAAUAGACCGUGUCCAGGCAAGAAAGAAGGUCCUCAGUCUGUGCUGUAUUAAUGGAAUGAGAAGAUGAAAUAGAUUCAGGUCUUAGGUAUUUUUCCCCCCAAAACUCUUUCUGACACCUUAAGUGUGAGCUAGGUGUCUUUCCUUUAUUGAGCUUUCCCUCAUAGCGCCUGAACUGGUCCCCACCUACCAACAUGUUUACCUGGCUAUGUUGAAAUUGCCUCCUUAUCUAUAUGUAUCCCCCAUUGGAGACUGUAUGCCUCAUGAGGGCAGGAACUACGUCGGUCUUGCUUGCUGUUGAAUCCCUUAGUGUAGAAUGAAGUCGUCAAUCAGUAGUUGUUGAGUGAAUGAGAGGUACAUGAAAGAGAUUCCAUAUAUGGGAAGUGAGGGGAAAAGAAGUUUCUGGGCCUGAAUAAAUAGAGAACGAACAAAUGAAUCAUCACUGCUGUGCUAGGCUUAUAUUCCCAGCAUGGUCAGUCCCUUACUGUUUGAGCUGUAUCGGCAGCAUUUGAGAGAGCACACUGUGAAACUGAAUACCUAAUCGGUACUUCCCUAGUUGUGUAUGUAUUUUUGUUUGUGUGUGCGUAUAUAUGUACACCUACAUGUAUAUUCUGGUUAUCAUCCUGGAGCUACAUUGUCAAAGUGGCAUUGGCAGAUGGAGGCACCAGCAGUGUCUGUUGAGCAGUUGACUGCCAAAAGUGACAUGUGUAAGAAACACAAAGGAGCAAUAAUGUUCUUGAUUUGAGCCAAAGAGCCUCUGUUGACCAAUAACUGAAGAGAGUGUUUGUGACUGUGUUGUCAAUAUUGGCUCUGUCAAGAGCUGGAUUCAAGUGCUGAGGAAAUAGAGGCAUGUUCUGUAGGGUUCUGCUGAACUUCCUGAGGUCGUUGUCUCAUGUAGGAGUCGCUCUUCACUCUGCUGCCACAUGUCAGAAUCUGCAAAUUCCAUGCAUAUAUGUACAUAACAUCUGUUUGCAACAUGAGCAUUUUCAUUUUAGAUAUUUUUUAAAAAUGCAUAUGUAUAUGGCAUAUAAGAUUUGUGUGUAAUAUCUAUCUUAUGUAUAUAAAAUUUCUUCCUCAGAAGGUCUGAUAACCUCAAUGAAGUUGGAUACACAUGCUUCCCUAGGACUUUCUCAGUGUUUGAUCAUGGAUGGCCAGAAAUUUAAAGACCAGGCAGCAUUUUCCUAAGAUAAAAAUUACUGUAAAAGUCCCUUGCAAUUAACUCACUAGAAGAGAUUAAAAUUGGAGGUGUUGAGAAUGUUUGAGGUGAUAAAUGAGUUUGGAGAGUUAGUUGAAGGCAGCAUCAAAAACCACUCAGCUUUGAUGGAUCUUUUCUUGAGUAUUAAAGAAACACCAACUAGGAAUUUGUGUAGCAAGGUUGGGAUUAUUACACGCACAAUAACCAGAGAAAGCAAUUUGUCUUACAUCUCAAUCACAAAAGCAUGGUUAUAUUCCCUGAGCCAUCUCCUGUUUGAGAUGAGCUGUCUCUGCUGGUGUGUUUGCAGAAGUCUGAGGGACCAGGAGCUCUGGCUAAAGAGUAUCCUCAGGCUGGUGGAACCCACUGGAAGAGUCCACAGUUGAUGGUGUCUCCAGAGUGACUUACUCCAGUUAGGAACAAGGUACUGGGAGUGGCAGAGUGGAAGGCCUUUCUGAUAGGCCUGGGUAAAUUUAGUCAGUAUUCAACAUGCCUCAAGAUGCCUGAUCUUGGAAGGACAAAAGUCAGUGAAAUGUAGUUCUUUCUGUCAACACAUUUACAAGUUAAUAUUGCUAAACUGUUGGAUUUAAUAGCCAAGCCUCCUAGAAAUUGAUUAGCAGUUUCUCAAGUAUUCAAGUAUAUUAUAAGAAUUUGGAGCAAUUUUUUUGUUUUGUUUUGUUUGUUUUGUCCAAGUGUUCUGGUGGGUUAAAAUUUUUAUAGUCUGUUCCCAGUCUUGCCACUCAUGUCAGGAAUGUGGACGACUGUACUCACUCAUGAUUUUUAUUGAAUCAUUGGAGGGGGGAGACUGAGGGGUUAUUUUUAAGGGAAAAAGCCUCUCACAGAGGCACUGUUUCCAUAACAACAGGAAAAGCUGGCUGCAAUGUCUCAGCUGACUGGACCCUCCUGAACAAAUAGUGAUAGAUAGCCCUUGCUGGAUGUGUGCUGCCUCUUUCCUAAUUUUUCUUAGUAGAACUUAAUAUCCAAAUGUGACUUCCAUGCCUCUGCUGAUUUUUAAAAGGGGGUGCGUGGGUGGCUCAGUUGGUUGAGCAUCCAAAUCUUGGUUUGGGCUCAGGUCACGAUCUCAUGGUUCAUGGGUUCGAGCACCACGUCAGGGUCAACACAGACGGCACAGAGCCUACGUGGGAUUGUCUCUCUCCUUUUCUCUCUGCCUCUCUCU